AUGUAUCAAAACCAGUUAAUGGCCUGGAACCAGCAGAUGUUGGUGGUCUAUGGGAUCAGCACCUGGUCUCCAGUGGGCUCAAUGCUUUAUGUCAGGUGGAAAAUGGCACACCCGUCAGGUGAUGAAGUACAGCAAAAGGUUGACUCAACAAGUGAAGUACCCAGUCAACUAUCUGAACCCCCAAAAGUGUUUUAUGUGGAAACAAUUGUUACAUAUAAAGAAGAUUUUGUUCCAAUUACUGAAAAGAUCCUCAACUACUGGAAAUCAUGGACUAGUGCCCCAGUGCAGAACCAUGACUGGCUGCUGAAUUCUGAAAACCAGGAUGUGGUUCAACAUUUAAAUUUGAUAGAUGCCUUGAUUCCCAUUUUGUGUUUGUGAAAAGCAUAUAUAUUUAAUUUUGCUGUAAAACGUAAUCACUAAUAAUAUGCAAUAAAUAUUUUCUUGAAGGAAA